AUGGCUGCCCCCCAGAGCGACGCCUUCAAGAAGGCCAUUGAGGACUCCAAGAAGCUCACCUCUAAGCCCGGCCCUGACGAGCUCCUCCAGCUCUACGCUCUCUACAAGGUCGGCACUGGUGAGGACUUCUCCAAGGCCAGUCCCCCUGGCACCUUUGACUUCAAGGCAAGCUCCCCUUACGCCCCUCCCAACGCCGACGAAAAGCUAACACACCCUCAGGGCAAGGCCAAGUACAACGCGUGGAAGAAGGUCGUCGAGGAGGGCGUCACCCCCGACGCUGCCCAGGAGCAAUACGUCAAGCUCGUUGAGGAGCUCAAGGAGAAGUACGGCUACGACGAGAACAAGGUGCCCGAGGCCGUCGGCGCAAACUAG